UGGGAUAACUCAAGCGCACGCGUGGUGGCGCGCCGUACGCCUGGUCCGACCGAACUUGUUCUCGACUUCCAUCUACUCGCCUUCCGCAUACUAUACCCAGAACCUCUAUCUGAGGCUCCUUUACCCCGACGCUCGCUUUUCUAGAUUUUCAGGCGGCAGACGAGAAGAAAGACUCGCCUCCAAUCGCUCGCUACCUCAGAUCGUUUCUUCGAAGCGCUCCAGAAUGUCCAGGUUAUCCUGCUCCAUGACGACUCCAGUCCUCCUCAACUCCUCCUCCUUCGCUAUUCCCAGACGUCACAAUGCCAAACAGCCUGCCCCUCCAGGCAUCCUCAAAUCCUCGACCGACCCUAUGAGCAACAUCAACGGGCCCCGCCUCACCACCUUCAUUGACUGCUCACUCUCGCUUUCCGACCUCUCCGCGUACAUCACCGCCAAAACGCUCUCCCCUGUCAUCGCCCCGAAGCCCUUCAAGGCUGACGCCUCGCCAUACGAAAUGCUCGACACCCUCGGACAGGCCUCCCCGCUGGACGCGCUGGGGCGAUCGCUCUCGGCGAAUAGGCAGGAAUCCGUAACGCAGAGCUCUAGGACUCCGAAUCUGGCGGUUACAUCGCCCUCUGUCACGUCGGGCAGACUGCGUGAGGCGGGGAGCGAGCUCAUAGAUCUGUCUUGGGCGGGGACGCCGGUCCUCCUCGAUCACUCGGUGCUGCAGCGCGACGACUUCGGCGACGUGACUGUCGAUAGCACCAAUGCGUUUGUGACGCCGAGGACGCAUCUGGAGAGCGAGCCUUCCCUGACGCAGCUGGCGGGCGACAUCGUGUGCACGCAUCUGGACGCUCGUCCUUGGACCGUCAAUGCGACGCCGAACUUCGAUGACAACGACAAGCACUGGAAGGUCGACGUGUCCGAUAUACUGUCUACUGCGCAGAGUCUCUCGCCUGUAAAAUUUGCGUCUCCGCCAACCUCAUCUCCUAUGUCCCCGCCCAUCCCGGACGUCCUAUCACCUUCGGUCCCAGGUGUUAUGUCUCCUCUCGCUGGUCGUAUCAUCGUAUCCCCAAUGUCCAUCGACGGCGAAGACUACGUCAAUAUCGACGCGGCUACCUAUGAUGUGACUGCUACCGCUAGUCAUGCCUUCGUCGUGAUCGAUUCAGUUGCUGCUUCCGGGCAACACCCUUCUGCGCUCCUUCCUGGCUCGGACUCGCUCGACCUCGAUGCACCGUUCUUCGAUCUCGACGCUAUCCUCCCGAACUCUGCAGCCCUCGCGGCAGAUGCUACCACCCCAGUCACGCCAGUCCGAAAGACCCCGCCCGUGCCGCCCACACCUGCAAACACGACGCUCGAGGACGUGGAUGCAGGCCUUACUGAGCUCUCCCUCGAGCGCUGGGCUGCGAGGGAUCAUCUCGGUACUCUGGCAGAAGUCGAUAGCACGUCUGCGUUUGGCUCCUUCAGGCCGAGUCGGUUUACGGUGCGCACGCUCAGAAAUGAAUCCGUGAUUCGUGCUACUGGCGACUCGCCCGUUCGAGAUGCGACGGUUCGAGGUGCUCCAGCGACUUCCUUCUCUGUGGUCCGACCUGCAACUCGCCAGCCUCCCCGCAUGCUUCAUCCGCGCGCGGCGAUUCGCGUGCGCGUCGUCGGGCACGGGAUCGAGGAUGUGCUCGUUGCCCCCGGACAGCUUGCUGCGGCCAUCGCGGCGCCGUGGGCCGGACUCGACCUCGGCAGCAACGUCCUUAACAUCGACGACGCGACGGAGGCCCGAGACUACCUGCAGGUGGCAGUCGACAUGCGCGAGUAUGAGCGGGCGCUGGAGGAGACGCUGCAAGCGAGGAGGGAGCUGAAAAGGGUGAGCAAGAUGGCGAGGUGGUGGAAGAGGCGGGCGGGGGAGAAGGGGUGGGGAGAGAAGAAGCGGGAGACUGCCGCGGUGCAAGAGGCCAACGCAGACCGGACGUCUGCCGCGGAGGGGCAAGGGGAGAGGUCCACGGAGCGGAAGAUUGCCGCGGGACGGGUGUCCUGCGAGGAGCGGGAGCCUGCCGAGGAACGGGCAACUACCGAGGGACGGGGGUCAUCCGUGGCGCUUGCGGACGCAGAGACAGGUUUUGACCACCUAGGCGAGAAGCGGACCUCGCUUUUUGGACUUCUGCAGGCGGCACAGGCAGAUGGGAAGGCGAAGUCUGAAACGGCGGCCCACAAAAAAUCGUUCAACAAGCCCCCCGGCGGCGCCCCGACGAACAGGUCAGCAAGCGCUCCUUCCGCUAUUCCGGCGCGUACUUCCCGUCUGCCAACCCUUGCGGGGAGGCGGGCAAGCAAUGCAUCGAUUGGUCGUCGCGGAUCGGCGAGCUCGGUUGGCUCGGCGUCGUUUGUGCGACGGGGCUCGGUGGACUCGCUAGAGCAGACCGCCUCCUCACCUACGCGCUCUGGAUCAUCGUCGCCUUCCACCUUGGACCCCGUCACUCCCGUUCGCACGUCGUCUUUGCCUGGCACUGGGAUUCAGAAGCCCGCUGCUAUGUUCAAGUCCCCGGAUAGCAUCAUGGCUUUUAUAUCGGUCUAAGUAACCGACAUAUGCUCUCAUGAACGCCUGCAAAUACAUACGGAUGACGAUGGGAAUGCCAUGGGGCGCCUGUAUAGCACGGCUUGAUUAUACCACAGUAUACCUAUCAAUCCAGCUACUUUGUCUAGGCAGCAACCCUAAACAGGGUGAAUCCAGAGUUCCAAAGGUUAGGC